AGCCCAGAGCUUCCGGGGUGGGAGGGGGCGGCUGAGGUGACCCCAGAAGCCGAGGCUGAAGCUGAGGCUGAGGCCUCAGAGGCGGUAGCCACAAUGGGUGCACACCUGACUCGCCGCUACUUGGGGGAUGCGGAGGUGGAGCCCGACCCGUUGCACAUGCCCACCUUUCCCCCGGAUUAUGGCUUCCAGGGACGCAAGGAGCGAGUGAUGGUGGCCACACAGCAGGAAAUGAAUGAUGCACAGCUGCUGCUGCAGCAGCGGGAUUACUGCGCACACCAUCUCAUCCAACUACUCAAGUGUAAGCGGGACAGCUUUCCCAACUUCCUGGCCUGUGGCCAUGAGAAGCACAUCUGGGACCUCUGUGAGCACCAAGACUAUGUAGGCCGAAUGAAAGAGUUUGAGCGGGAACGGCGUCUGCUGGCACGACAGAAGCGGCGAGCAGAGAGUGAAGCUUCAGAACCAAAAUAGCCACAAUUAUACUGAAACCCCAGCUCUAUCCCCAUAACCAUGUACCAGCUGGAUAAAUAAACACUGUUUUGACCUUC